ACAUUGCCGUUUCAUGCGGAUUUCCGUUGCAACAAAGAUUAAUACUGAUACCGGCACCCUUUCCCAAACGCCAAGCCAUCCUCUCACCAUAGCUGCCGCCGCCACCCUCCCGCCACGCCAGCAACGACAUUAACCCAAGCCCACCAUCACCACUCAUCCUCUUCCUCAUACUCUCCUUCAAACCCAAUACAAGUUUAUUUUAAAGGUCAUUUCUUCGAAGGUUUUGUAGUUUCUAUCUCAUAUGCAUGGUUUGCUGCUAGCUCCACUUUCUUCUAAAACCCUUAAACCCUAGCAACUGUAUGUUCAACAUCCCCUGAAUUUUAGCUUUUUAGUAAUUAGCUUUUAUACACAUUCAUAUAGAAAUGGCUUUGUCUAGAAGCGCAAAGCGUCCACUUCAAAUAAUGCUAAGUACCAGGAUUGGCUUCUCUGGGCAAAAUUAUUCUACCUGGACGCGCAAAGCAGUGUCCACUCCCAUAUCUCAACUUGCAGAGAUCAAAACCAGAUCGGAAUCUGCUUUUGGAAUGUUUUUCCGGCGAUUCAGCGUUCAAGCUCCUGCGGCACAAGAGCAGAUGAAUCUCAUUAAGCAGUUGAGAGAGCGGACUAGCGCUCCCAUCAAGGAUGUCAAGGCUGCUCUCAUUGAUUGCAAUUGGGACAUUGAGGAGGCGCAGAAGGAUUUGAGGAAGAGAGGGAAGGUUUUGGCCUCGAAGAAGUCGGGCCGAACUGCUGCCGAGGGGUUACUUGCAUUGGCACAGGAUGAGGGGAGGGCUGCAAUUGUUGAGCUUAAUUGCGAGACUGACUUUGUUGCUAGAAAUGAAAUCUUUCAGUACUUGGCUUUAUCUUUAGCUAAGCAAGCCUUGUUGAUUGAGAAUGUUUCUCAUCAGGUUUCUGGCGUCCAUGCUGUUGGACCCGAGUGUUUGGAGGACUUGAAGUUAAAUCUUGAACAUCCCAAAAUAAGUGGAGAAACAACUGUUCAAAAUGCAAUUACAGAAAUAGCUGCAAUGAUGGGUGAGAAUGUGAGACUCAGAAGGAGCUUUGUUAUGUCUACAUCUUCACCUGCUGUUCUGUCCAUCUAUCUCCAUACAAGUCCUCAACCGGGUUUGGGUCGUAUUGCUGGACUUUUAUCUCUUGAAAUAGAGGAUGGGAAUUCCCAGUUGGAAGCUCUCCAGCGCGUUGGUUCGGAACUGGCAAUGCAUGUGGUGGCAGCAAAGCCGUUGUUCUUGACCAAAGAACUUGUCUCCUCUAGUGCAUUGGAAAGUGAACGUGAAAUUCUUAAGUCUCAGGCGGAAAGCACAGGGAAGUCUCAGAUGGCAAUAGAGAAAAUGGUAGAAGGUCGUUUGCGUAAAUACUAUGAGGAAGUUGUUCUAAUGGAGCAAAAGUUCAUAAUGAAUGAUACUAUAAACGUAAAGACACUGUUAAACAAUCUGUCCAAGGAAGUGGGCUCACCUGUGAAGAUAGGGAACUUCUUUAGAAUGGAAGUUGGAGAAGGAAUUCAAAGGCUAGAGGCAUCGGGUGCAGAUGAACCUGUCGCUCAGUCUGCUUAAUUUGAGGGGAUUGUGUUCCUUAAACCGUUUCAGCUCAUUUGGGUAGACAUUGGUCUUGACAAUAUCACUUUGAGUUUGAGGUUGAUGGGCAUAUUUUGGGUUUUCAUCAUUUGAUGAUAGUCUUCCUGCAAUCAAAAAUUGUAGUUACUUACUACCAGAAUGCCCAAAUAUUAGAGUCUGAGCUUUGAUAUCCUUCUGGGACUAUGAAAUUCUUUUUCUAUUCUAGUAGGCAUGAUAAUUUCCUGAAUCAGAUAGAUGAGAAGAGCAGUAGGAUAUGGUAUUGCAAUUAUAUCAUACUAUGGUGGAAGACAGGAAGUGGCGCAAUAACACUCGCCUCCAUGCUUGUAUUCUCUAUUCUAGAAACAUUUUGAUUGGGUAGAGCCAGUGUUGAUUUUUGGGGUCGACAAUUUCAAACGUUUCAGAAGCAAAUUAAUAAUUGAUAAUCAUCUCCAGUAACAUGUUGGGAGUUGGUGCACUGAGUUCUGUAUGACUAAGAAUUGAAAGUGCAAAUUGUGGAUGACCAUCAUGUGCCAUUUUCUCUUAAAGUUUUUUCCCCAUUUAUAUCAGCUUCAUUGUUGUUGUUUUUGCCA